GGUUCUGGACACAUUUGUCCUUCUACUGUUAUUCCUGAAAGAAAAUUCAAAGAAAGUGUUUCUUACAAAGUCGAUGAAUGUGAUUCCUCAAGUCUUUCUUCCUUUCUAUGCUCGCUCACUUUCCAUAACCCCCAACUUUGAAUUGUAUGCUUUCUAACUUUAACGUCCUUUUGUAGACAAGCACGGCAAAAUUCCGAAUGGGACUCGGCGGAAGUUUAGAGAUCUAUGUUCCAAACCUUGCCUUUCUUACUUCCGAAGAGCCAGAAGAUUCUAUAUGAUAAACUCACCAGGGAACCGGUUAUUUCUUUCCUGCACAAAGGGAAACUAGGAGCAUCUCACUAUCUUUGCAACCUCUCUAAUAGACAAGAAGAUGGAGAUAAAAGGGAAAGCCACCGAGAAGGAAUCCCGGUCUCCAAAGUUCACUCUUCCGGUGGACUCAGAGCACAAGGCAACAGAGUUCCGUUUGUUCUCAGUUGCUGCUCCCCACAUGCGGGCAUUCCAUCUGUCUUGGGUUUCUUUUUUUGCUUGUUUUGUCUCUACUUUUGCUGCUCCGCCCCUUCUUCCUAUCAUACGUGACAACCUCAACCUCACUGCCACUGACAUCGGAAAUGCAGGCAUUGCAUCAGUGUCUGGUGCAGCAUUUGCUAGAAUUGCUUUGGGGACUGCUUGUGACCUUUUCGGACCCCGUCUUGCCUCUGCCUCAUUGAUCCUCCUCACUGCACCGGCAGUUUACUUCACUUCCAUUGCCUCAUCCCCUACUUCUUUUCUCCUCGUACGUUUUUUCACAGGCUUCUCUCUGGCCACUUUUGUCUCAAAUCAAUUCUGGAUGAGCUCUAUGUUUUCUGCCCGAGCAGUCGGCACAGCUAACGGUGUUGCAGCAGGUUGGGGUAACCUUGGUGGUGGGGCAACACAACUAAUCAUGCCCCUUGUGUUUGGCCUCAUCCGUGACAUUGGAGUACUCAAGUUUACAGCCUGGAGAAUUGCGUUUUUCAUUCCUGCCCUGUUUCAGACACUAUCAGCAUUUGCAGUGUUGAUCAUUGGAAAGGACUUGCCUGAUGGAAACUUCAGGCCGCUGCAGAAAGCAGGGGCUAAACCAAAAGAUAAACUAUCAAAAGUCUUCCAUAAUGGAAUCACAAAUUACAGAGGGUGGAUCCUGGCACUCACUUACGGGUAUUGUUUUGGAGUAGAGCUGACAGUAGACAACAUUAUUGCGGAAUACUUCUAUGACAGAUUUGACCUCAAACUCCAUACAGCAGGAAUCAUUGCAGCAAGUUUUGGUCUAACAAAUAUAGUUUCUCGACCAGCUGGAGGAUUGAUCUCAGAUGCAGUGGCAAAGAGGUUUGGGAUGAGGGGUAGGUUGUGGGCUUUGUGGAUAGUGCAAACCACGGGAGGUGUGUUCUGCAUCAUUCUUGGACGAGUUGAAUCUUUAGGCGCAUCUAUUGUGGUAAUGAUUGUGUUCUCUUUGUUCUGCCAAGCAGCAUGUGGACUAACCUUUGGGGUGGUGCCGUUUGUCUCUCGAAGGUCAUUGGGGCUAAUAUCUGGUAUGACUGGAGGUGGUGGAAAUCUGGGUGCAGUUCUAACUCAGCUAAUUUUUUUCAAAGGAUCCAAAUACUCAAAAGAAACAGGGAUAACGCUCAUGGGUGUCAUGAUUAUAUGCUCCACUUUUCCAAUUUGUUUUGUAUAUUUCCCACAAUGGGGUGGAAUGUUUUGUGGUCCAUCAUCUAAAACAGUUGCUACAGAGGAAGAGUACUAUCUGUCAGAAUGGAAUACGGAGGAGAAGGAGAAAGGGCUACAUCAAGCAAGCUUAAAAUUUGCGGAUAACAGCAGAAGUGAAAGAGGUGGAAGAGCAGAUUCUGAAACCAGGCCAACAGAUGAAAUCCCAUCAACACAUGUCUAGAGCAUGCCUCACUUCUCUAGUGUCUGCUAGAAACCCACCAGGCGAGCAAGUAAUGUGAAUUAUGUCUAUAAUGGUCAAGUUUUAGGCUGCAAGCUCUCAAAACAUAAGAAAAAUUAAGCAUUGGACAUAUACACCUAUUGUGAUAUAGUAAGACCUCAUGGUCUGUAUGAAAAUGUUGCGUAAUUUCCACAGGAAAGUCAUCAGAAGCAAUUCCAUGGAAAACGUUUACUCUACUUGAGAAAGCCUCAAUCAAAGAAGUGUCACAUAUGCAUGGUAAUUAUUUCAGAACAAUAUAACUACAAAUUUUAAUUUGAUAAUUUGUCAAAAACAAUGAAGGAGCUAAUUAUUUAUUCCAUAGAAGAUAUUAUACAUCAGCUCUAUUGAGUAUACUACUAGUAUAUCUGGUUCAACAGGUCACCUAAACCU